GCCAAGUUGGAGUGCAAACCAAUGACGUAGCUAGCUACACACAUGGAACGCCAAUUCAGCUAUCGCGAAAUAAAAUCAAGAUCAUUUCUGCUCGAGAUGCGCCCACUGACUGUAUGAUUCAAGAUGCUUGAAUCAGGAACUUUCUGAUCUUCCAAAGUUUCGCCCGCUGUCUUUCGCGGGGCAGGGAACAUAGAUUUUCCGCCAUUGCGGGCAAAGAUAUUCUCUCGGAGGGGUCAGACUGAGUCCCUGCUCUAAAAAAUAUCUACCGUUUCACUCCCACUCCAACAACUACAACCGCUUAACGCCCUUACCACGCGGAAACCUUUGCAAUGCUGGCAUCUCGCAAUGUCGGUGUCCUUGGUGGUGGCCAAUUGGGCAGAAUGCUCAUGGAGGCCGCAAACCGCCUCAAUAUCCAGAUGACCAUUCUAGACGCUGACAACGCUCCCGCAAAACAAAUCAGCGCCCACAGCGGACAUAUCACCGGCUCUUUUGCUGACAGCGCAUCGGUGCGCAAACUAGCAGACUCAUGUGACGUUAUUACUGCAGAGAUUGAACAUGUGGAUACCUAUGCGCUUGAGGAAGUGGAGGGACAAGUGGAAGUCCAACCAAGUUGGCAGAGCAUUCGAAUUAUCCAGGAUAAAUUUGCGCAGAAAGAACAUCUGUCGCGCUAUGGCAUCCCAAUGGCAGAGUAUAAGGAACUGAAGUCCAAUACCGUGGAGGAGUUGGAGGCAAUUGGGCAAGAGCUGGGUUACCCGCUUAUGCUUAAGUCAAAAACACUGGCUUACGAUGGACGGGGAAAUUAUACUGUUAAGUCAAAGGCCUCAGUGCCGGCGGCCUUGGAAGCUCUAAAAGACCGACCACUAUACGCUGAAAAGUGGGCAAGCUUUAGAAUGGAACUGGCUGUCAUGGUUGUUAAAACUAAAGACGGCGUUCUCUCCUAUCCCACCGUUGAAACCGUCCAGGAAGAUUCAAUAUGCAAGCUCGUAUAUGCCCCAUCCAGGGGUGUCUCAGAAGCUAUUGACAAAAAAGCCCAGGAGCUGGCAAGGAACGCAGUCGCGGUGUUUGAAGGCAAAGGCGUAUUUGGCGUCGAAAUGUUCCUCUUAGAAGAUGAUUCUCUCCUGCUAUGUGAACUUGCCAGCCGCAUCCAUAACUCAGGGCACUAUACCAUCGAAGCCUGCCCCAUCUCCCAAUUCGAAGCACACUUAAGAGCGAUCCUCGACCUCCCCAUACCUCAACAAAGCCUCGAAAUCCGCCAACCGGCAAUAAUGGUAAAUAUCCUAGGAGGUUCAACACCAGACUCACAUCUCAAAGUCGCUGAACGAGCCCUCUCAAUCCCCAAUGCUAGCAUCCAUCUCUACAGCAAAGGUGCCGCCCGCCCAGGGAGGAAGAUGGGACACAUUACCAUCACCGCGCGUACAAUGAAGGAAGCAGAGUCGCUCGUCCAACCGCUCCUCGGCCCUACGGACACUAUCAUCGCUAUAUCUACCGCGCCCAUCCUUUACCAUCCACCUAGUACGGUCGGUGCUCGACCUAAACCCACCAUUGGGGUAGUGAUGGGUUCUGACAGCGAUCUCAAAACGCUGAUACCCGGCCUUAACCUUCUAAAGUACACGUUCGGCAUCGAUCCCGAGGUUGACAUUACCUCCGCCCACCGUACACCUGACUAUAUGGCCGAGUACGCCUCCGCCGCUGCCUCGCGAGGCAUCAAGGUAAUCAUUGCUGCGGCAGGAGGCGCAGCGCAUCUUCCUGGCAUGGCGGCUGCCCACACCUCGCUGCCCGUUAUCGGAGUUCCAGUCAAAGGGAGCUCGCUAGACGGUGUUGAUAGUUUGUAUAGCAUUGUGCAAAUGCCAAGAGGCGUUCCCGUUGCAACUGUGGGGAUUAAUAAUAGUAUCAACGCGGCGCUUCUUGCAGCGCGGAUACUAGGUGCAUUUGAUGGACAAUUACGGAAGAAAGUAGAGGAGUAUGCGAAAAAUGCCAAGGUGGAGAAUCUGGAUAUUAAGGGGGCCAAGAUGAGGGAAAUCGGGUGGGAGAAGUAUUUUGAGCAGAUGGCGAAAUGAAUGAAACCAUGAAAAGACGUAUUUUUUAAGUCCUAAUGAAUUGGCAUUUUAUAUUUCGAACUUUUUAAGAUAGACUCUGAUUGGAGUUGCUAGAUUUAGACAAAAUGAAGUUCACUGCGAACGCUCUUUCAACCCCACCGCACGUGUCCUUCUGGUGACCGAGCAGGAGACACGCUGGCCUGUAUCCUGACUAUUGCAAGUUAUUGCAAGAUUCUAUACACAUGACUAUGAAGAGUGCAGCAAGCAGUAUUUUAGAUACCCAAAUUCCUUAAGACUAGGACAAAACGUUGUUCAUUUGGAUUCCGAUGUAUGUCAUGGGCGCGGGAGCAGUACGGAGUACUAGAUACGGAUGCAGCAUAUUUUGAAGGAACGUAGAGGCAGAUGAUCGAAGAAUACCUCGUUAAUACAGUCUGACUGAAGACCUUGAUCCAGCCAGUGUUCACGAGUGCUUCUUUGCGCCCAAGUCUAAUAAAACCGCCACCGACGACUAUCAGGGAGGAUAUACCAGCACGAGACCGCACCACCCCACACCUGAUCGUUCAAGCCCCUAACUCCUUCAUUCGCCCCUAUCACAUGGUCAUUGUUUCGCAAGGGAUGCUAUACUCGCGAUUUUAUUUUAUUUUAUUGAGGGGACGUAGAGCGCCUGCAUCACUCUUAGAAGUCUACUUCUUAAUGGCAGCUGUGUCCCCAUUUUAUUUAUGGCUUCCGCUUACCGCAGCUUGAGGGAUGGCCAAUCAGCUGCUUCCAUUUUCGAUUCUAGCUUAUGUACAAAAGAAUUAAUAGGUAUUAUUCGAGGGAGGGGAUAAACCAGCUAUGGUCCAUCGGAUGGCCCAAAGGCUUUAACUGUAAAGCGGAGAAAGAAAAUGCAAAGUGAAAAGGUGACGCAUAAAAAGGAAGACAUUGAAGGAAAGAGAGCGAACGUUGUUGCAUACGUAUAUCUGUGGAAUAGAGGGUGACAGAAAUUGCGCCUUGGAGCUGGAGCAAGUUGGAAAGAGGGAAGGGGGGGGGAAGGAUAGGAGAUGAGCGAAGUGCUAGUAUUAAAACGAGUUAUAUAGGGGUGAGAAAGAAUGAAUGAAAUGGUGGGGGUCUUGAAAAGAAAUUAAAUGACUGGAAUGGGUUUAAAUGGAACCGGAGGGCGAGGAAAAAAAAAAAAAAAAAGACCGUGAACAAAAUUGGGAAGGGGCCUUCAACGACGGGAUGGGAUGGGGUAUAUGGUAUGCUAUGUGUGUAUGUACGACGCAGCGUGAGGCAUUGACUGGUUUAAAAUAAUAAAAGUAGCUGGGCAGAAAAGUAAAAAACCCAAGCACAAAACAAAGAAUGAAAGAAAGGACGAAGAAUCAGAAAAUGGAAGCAGAAACUGUACCCUAUAAUAUCUUGGUGCAAGCUGUUGGGAGGAAAUGGAAUGGAAAAGGCAAGGGUAGUCUGCACGCCGAUGGAAA